CUUUCACUCCCUGGGAUCACCAGGGCGUCUGUCCACAGGAGAGUGUCUACUGUGAACAGAAGUGUGGUGCGCGGAUGAUGCGCAGGUUGCUCUCUCAGCACAUGCUUUCCGAGUGCCCCAAGCGCACGCAGCCCUGCACCUACUGCGCCAAGGAGUUCUUGUACGACACCAUCCAGAACCACGAAUACCAAUGCCCGCGUUAUCCUGUGCCUUGUCCGAACCAGUGUGGGGCGCCCAGCAUUGCCAGGGAAGACCUCAGCGGGCACCUGAAGGACAACUGCACCACGGCGCUGGCGCUCUGCCCCUUCAAGGAGGCUGGUUGCAAACACCGGUGCCCGAAGGUGUCAAUGGGUCGCCACCUGGACGAGAACACCAAGCUCCACCUGGGCCUGAUGUGUGCCCUGGUGGUGAGGCAGCGGCAGGAGCUGGGGGAACUGCGCCGCGAGGUGGAGGAGCUGGCGGUGGGCAGCGACGGCGUCCUGAUCUGGAAGAUUGCUGACUACGCCCGGAAGCUGCAAGAGGCCAGGGCCCGCAGCAAUUACGAGUCCUUCAGUCCCCCCUUCUACACUCACCGCUACGGCUACAAGCUCCAAGUGUCGGCCUUCCUCAACGGCAACGGGAGCGGCGAAGGCAGCCACCUCUCGGUCUACAUCCGGGUGCUGCCCGGCCAGUACGACAACCUUUUAGAGUGGCCCUUUGCCUACCGCGUCACCUUCUCCCUCCUGGACCAGAGCGACCCCUCUCUCUCCAAGCCGCAGCACAUCACCGAGACCUUCCUCCCGGACCCGGCCUGGAAGAACUUCCAGAAGCCUGGAUCGGGCCGCACCUCCCUGGACGAGAGCCUGCUGGGGUUCGGCUAUCCCAAGUUCAUCUCCCAUGAGGACAUCAAGAAGCGCAAUUAUGUGAGGGCCAACGCUGUCUUCAUCAAGGCGUCCGUGGAGAUCCCCCAGAAAAUUCUCUCUUGAGCCGCUGUGUAGACCUGUCCCCCAGCAGCUGGGGACAUUUCAAAGGCUGGGUUAGAUCAGGGGGUCUUGCCUGGGGACCUCUCUUGGAAAUACUGUCUCCCACUGAAAUUGCCCUUCAGAGUCCUGAACUCUGGAGUGAUUCUUGAUUUCCCCCCCCCAAAUGGUGCUAAGUGCUACAGGCCAAGGAGGAAGCCCAGGUGAGCUUGAGACCCUUUCCUUUCCCCCCGAGCAGCUGGGCUGCCUCUACCCCCGGCCCCAAAUCCACUAGUCCUCCUUCCUGAGCAUCUCAUCCUGGUCUUGGACCAGGUUCUUGCUUGAGGGGCAGGAAGAACCUUUGGAAGCCUUGACUCAGUGGAGUCAGGAUGCCACCAAGAGAGGGUUCAGGUCUCCGCUUCUGUGAUGAGCUGGUCUUGUACUUGAUCCCGCCUUCCCCCUCCCUGCCCGCCUGCCAGAAGCCAGCAUAUUCCCAGCCUUGGUCCUGGGCUGUGCGUUGCCCCGGGGAAACGGGCCGGGCCGUUCUGGUCCCUCAGGGAUGCCCACGCAAUCACGGGACCCUCUUGCUUUUGCAACCAGCUUCAGAAGGUUGACUUCCACCCCACUUAGCUGGGUAAAGGGAGCGGCUCUGCUCGUGACGCUGCCGGCUCCCUUUGUCCUUGUGCCUGAUAACCUUCGGAACCCUUUGCCUCCCACUCAGUUGCCUGGAUCGAUCUCCUGUUCAGUGGAGGGGGCGGGCGGAGCCCUGUUCUGACCUUACUCCACCAAAGAGCCAUAUUUUCGAAGGUGAGCCUCAGAAUCUCUGAGUGGGGCUGGUGCUCCUUCAUUCAGGGCCCUGCGGGGUGUCUUCCUGGGACUGUGUUUUUUGGAUCAGUUUUUGCCUGCAGGGGUGCUUGGGAACAGUUAACAGUCUCUGUUCCCAUCUCUCUCUUACUGUGUUUUUUUUAAUAAACAAUUCAGUGUAUUUAUUAACCAG